AUGCUACAUUGUAAAAGGGUAAUUCUACUCAUACGUGUACUUGAAUCUUACGCCCUCAUUGCCAAACCACCAAAUUCAAUUCAAGUUGACGACGAAGAUCCAGAAUUUACGGAUGUCAUUGAUAAUAUAACAGUGCCAGCGGGUCGUAACGUUAAAUUGGCGUGUUCCGUUAAGAAUUUGGGCUCUUACAAGGUGGCGUGGAUGCAUUUCGAACAAUCAGCCAUAUUGACUGUACACAAUCACGUGAUAACGCGUAAUCCUCGCAUUAGUGUCACACAUGAUAAGCAUGACAAACACCGAACCUGGUUCUUGCAUAUCAAUAACAUCCAGGAGGAGGAUAAAGGCCGCUAUAUGUGUCAAAUAAAUACGGUGACGGCAAAGACGCAAUAUGGUUUUGUCAAAGUUGUCGUUCCUCCAAAUAUUGACGAUACGCUCACCUCCAGUGACGUCAUUGUGCGCGAAGGUGACAAUGUGACGCUACGUUGCAAAGCGAAAGGUAGCCCGGAGCCGUCAAUUAGAUGGAGACGAGAUGAUGGCCAUAAAAUUGUGAUCAACAAAACGAUGGAAGUUGUUGAAGUUGAUGGCGAGGCUUUGGAACUCGAACGCAUCUCUCGCCUGCACAUGGGCGCUUACUUAUGUAUAGCUACAAAUGGUGUGCCGCCCAGCGUUUCGAAACGUAUUAAAGUGAGCGUUGAUUUUUCUCCCAUGGUUUGGAUACCCCACCAGUUGGUUGGCAUACCGAUGUACUUUAAUGUAACUUUGGAGUGUUUCAUUGAGGCGAAUCCGACUUCUUUGAAUUAUUGGACACGUGAGAAUGAUCAGAUGAUUACCGAAUCUGUCAAAUACAAAACCGAAACAUUACAAGGGAACCCCUCAUACAAAGCAACCAUGCGUCUGACUAUAACAAAUACACAGAAGAGUGAUUAUGGCAGUUAUAAAUGUGUAGCAAAAAAUCCACGAGGAGAAAUGGAUGGAACUAUAAAACUCUACAUGUCCAGUCCGCCAACAACGCUGCCACCGCCAACCACGACCACAACACGUCGCACCACAAUAGCACCGGCUUGGGACAUUUUCAGUACGCCAAUUUAUGGCAUAAUGCCAACUAAUUCAGUGAUUGUCAUCGAUAAAUUGGGCUCAAAGUACCAAUCAAAUUUGAAUGAAAUUGGCAAAUCCGAACAAAAGCUGACCGGUGAGAAUCCGAAGGGCUAUGACUGGUCAAAGGAUAAAAGUGUAGCGACAAGAAUGCAAUUGUGGUUGCCGAAGUGUACAUUUUGUAGCUAUAGUAACAACAACAACAACAACAAUUAUAAGGCAACAUACUACAUACAACGAAUGUGUUGCAAUUAUGCAAUGUUAAUUGCCUUUGUUGGCAUACUGUUAGUGACGUGGUUGCAGACAGCAAUGAUGCAAAUGGCAACAGCAAUAAAAACGGCAACAAAAACAACGAAUGUAGCAAGAGCGCUGGAAGCUGAAGCAGACAGCGCUAUAAGAGUUGCUCCAUAUGCAAAUACAACAACAGUAGUAUUAAGUGGAAAAGAUGACCAAAAAACAAUACGAAAAGAGCUUGCAACAACAAUUGAGCAAACAACAAAACAAAUGAAACAGUAUGCCUUUUGCAUGCUGAAACGUGUAAUAUAUAAACAGGCGUAAGAGCUUAUUUUUCCUUGUUUAUGGUGAAAAAUCAAACUUCAACACCAACGCCAUUACCAUCACAAGCACUAACAGUCAAGGGUACAACAUAAAAUCACAGCAUUUUCAUGUACAAAAUAUUAAGUUGCUUUUGGAAGUCUUUGCAUAAGUGAAGUACUAAAAGUGAAGUUUUUACUUGAGUUUUUGAUUUAGUGUUGUGAAUGGACACAAAUUUACCAAAUUAUAUAUUUCAAUAUUUUUUAAAUGAGUGUGCCACUUAUAAUUUUUCUGUUUAUUUUUGGAAAGAUUUUCGAUGACAUUUUGCCUAUUUCAAUUUAAAUGAAUUUCCCUUCAACUGCUUGAAGUAAUAAAACAACUAAAAUAUAAAUAUGCUAAAUCAAAAGUGUAAAUAGUCUACAAAACAGGCAAAUCCAUAUAUUUUAAAAAAAAUUGAAAUAUAUAGUAAAAUAUU